AUGUAUGUGAGGAAAGAUAUCGGAUUCACCGGCGAUUCUAUUGAUGUCAUCAACUAUGCGGAUGAAGAUGAAUACGAACUUUCAGAAUCCAGGAUGAGGUGUCGAAGGUUGGCUAAACAUUUGGUCGAGGAUGACGAACCCAGUGAAUUUUAUCCGCAAAAGAUUUACAUGAAGAAUAAUGAGAAAGAAGCCGUUGAGUAUCUUAAUCAUUUGGUCAUGACUUUAUUGCCUCUGGUUGAAACUUAUGCCGUAACUGCUUUCACGUUAGACAAACUGGUGGGCAGACAGCUGAUUGAGAGUGAACUUGUGAAGGAUGUCUUGAACGAAUUGAAGAUGCAGCUAGAUAUGGGUACCGUGAAAUAUGUGGGUAUCAAAUGGUUUGUAGUAUUAGGGAAAAAUAUCUUGAGCUGGCAACAGAAUGUUUACAACUUGAAAGUAUCAACCAUUUUAGAUAUAUUUAUAUUGAACACUGCUGUGUGUACUGUUGUGUUCGAAAGUGCAAAGCNAAUGCAUCCGAAUCAUUCACUGGAAUCCUUGGUAACAAAGACUACGGAAACCCUAGCGCUUAGGAACAUCUUAGACUAUCAACUACCUCACGCCAGCAAUGGCUUCUUCCAACGCACAUUUUCGCACCUGCAUCAGGCGUACACCCUUAAGAAGUAUGACUAUCCUCAAGUGGCCGAUUUAGUACUGAAAGACGAACGUGUCGUUCAAGCCAUCGUUAAAGCCACCGAUGAACAAAUCGAAGAUUCCAAUAAAAGAGGCGACGAAGAGUUCUACCAGUUGUUGCUCGGUUAUAAUGAAAAGCGCUCGAGGAAGUUGUUGUACAACAUGAGGUCUACUUUGUCCGACUUCUUAUUGCGAUUCACGUCAUGGGUUCUUUACAAACUCCUACCAUGCUUUCUUACUUCGGUUGUGGUCCACCCAGGACAAGUAGAAAUGGUAAAAAAGGCCGGGCAGACUGGUUUACCUCUAGUAUUUUUACCGCUGCACAGAUCGCACUUGGAUUAUAUACUGAUGUCGUUCGUAUUAUUGAACAAUAACAUAAAAGCGCCUUUAGUUGCAGCUGGAGAUAAUUUGAGGAUACCAUUCUUUGGAUCCCUUCUGAGAGGUCUUGGAGCAUUUUUUAUAAAACGUAGAAUAGACCCCGUAAUGGGUCGCAAGGACAUCAUCUACAAAUCGGUGCUCCAUACCUACAUGAACACCUUCCUCAGGGCAGGCCACAACGUUGAGUUCUUCCUGGAAGGAGGAAGGACGAGAACGGGGAAACCGUGUAUGCCAAAGUAUGGGAUCCUCAGUGUAAUACUAGAGUCAGUGAGAACGCUGGGCCCCGCUUUGGUAAGGAAAGAAAAAGUCAACAACGAAGACAUAAUCAAACCCAUCGCAAUACUCCCGAAUGUCAUCGAAUUGUCUUACUACAGCAACACUUUAGUCACCCAUUACGCUCUGGAGUCUGUAAUCGCCAUAACCGUGCAACUUGUAGCAAAUCAUCGAGGCGAGGUCGUCCAUCAGGAUUUGAUAGACAAUGUGUUGGAACUCUGUGAUAUUUUGCAAUAUGAAUUCCUGUUUUGUAAACCGUGCCAAAGCCUAGAACAAACAGUUACCAGUUGCGUCGAGGAUUUACUGUAUAGGAAGAGGAUAUUUUUAUUUGUGAGUGAAAGUGUAUCCGUUGACUCCAUCAAAAAUGCUUUGAGGCUGUUCCAACGUUGGGGCAUUCUGGAAUGUCACUCGGAGAAAAAAAUAAGACUGUACUACCUGGCCGAAAGUCAGGAUGAUUCGGAAUCAAUUAAGACGGUGUAUGAUAAAGUGAAUAAGUUUAGACAGUCAUUUCAAGAACUCCCCUAAGAAAUAGGUAGGAUUCUGUGCGAAACUAAGAAGGAAGUGUCCAUUUCGAAUAUUUUUUUGCAGAAAACUUUUUGUUUUAAGGAACCAGACUUGCCUAACAAUCAGGUUUGGAUACUGUUGAUUUGUUGAUCGUCACAACGUUUGAUUUUCUUCCUGAAGAACGGGAUUCAGUUUCGCCAUAUUUUUAUUU